AAAAUUUUGAAAACGAAAUUAGUUUUUUUUAUUUUUUUUACUGAAAUUCAAAGCAAAUUCUUUGUAGAUUUAGCACACGGCGUUUUGAUGUCAUUGUAUGCAUGGUUGAUGAGAAAACGUAUACUGAGAUGGGAUCUUCAAAUAUUUUUGCGCCUCUCCAAAUGAAGUCCUUAAUUUAGCAGCCGCAUCUAGCUUGUAUCAGGGCAUGAGCCCGCGACCGCCAGGGAAAGAGCGAGGCGAGUACAAGUAAAGGGAGAGGACAGAGGGUGGGGAGCCUGAGGCUCGGCCCGAGGCCAAAGCCCGAGGAUAUGGAAGCAUGGAAGCGACGCAAACAAGCCGGCGCCGGGGGAGGGACACCCCCGCCAGCGAGGGUUCUUUGUCUUGCUGCCGGCGUCGCUCGACGAUCAUUGCUGAGUGAUUUGUUCAUUGUUGGCUACAGAUGCAGGGCAAGGUGGCAGCCCAACAACCUCAGCAUCAGCAGUAAUGAGUCAAAACAGAAUCCCAUGUGAAAUCAUCAUUGAGUUGUAAGUGAUUGCAUGUGAUGGUAAUGAUGCCAUGAUAAUUGGGCUUUUUAUGAUGGUUGGUGGCAGGUUGACAUUUGACAGCUGGUGUCAGGUGCAUGACGAUGAACGUCCGAGACCUGUCGUCAAGAGUAAGGCUAGUAGGAAGUCUUCUGAACGAAUACGGUUCGCUACACGCUCACAUGUUAAAGGAACAGUAACAUGUCAUUUAUGCCCUAAGUCAAUUUCAACAAAGAAUUUCCCACGUCAUGUGAAAUCGAAACAUAGAGAAGCUUACUUAGAUGCUAUGAGAAAAAAUCCCCGUGGUGUUACUGGCUAUCUCAUAGAGAAGGCUAUUGUAAAAUCUCGUUCUACAAGGGAAAACGAUGACAAUGAGCCAGUCACUGUCAUUAUCACUGACAACGAGCCUGACAUUACUGCCAAUGCCGAAACACCGUUGGGACAGGGAUCCCCUAGUGUACUGAUACAUACUAUCGCAAGUGAGAGAAACGAUGUCAUGACAACUGAGAGAGACUCCGUUCAAUCAUCAUACCACGAGCACCCAUCUCCGGAUCGAAUUAAUCAAGUCUGUGAUAAUUAUCCCGGCCGCACGAGCCCCCCCGUAACUGUGACAGAUACCACACAAGAACGGGACACAGCGCAGAGCACGUCGACACCGACCGUACGGCUGCAGCAGGCUGAGUGUAUAAGUGAAGGUGGUGCUCAGCAGCCAGGUGUCAUGGGUGACGAUUUGGUUGAAUCCCAGAUGUUACGAGACAUACUGUGUGAAAUUCGUAUGCUAUCUAGGAAAAUCGAUAGUCACGACUCUGAAUUUGUUUCGCGCGCCUCUCUCAGGAAAGAGAUGACUGAGCUUGAGAAAAAAAUUUCUCCAGGAGCAGCAAAGGCACGAAGUGCUGACACUGCCAAACAGUUUCCAUGGCUUCUCACUCGGGGUACAGGCUCAGAGGAAUUAGGAUUUUGUUCAACGUGCAUUGCUAAUAAGGCAACUGUUUCGGCCAUGCGAGGCCAGCAUAAAGCACUGCGUUGGACAACGGAAGGCGUUUCGCUAAAAAAGAAUAGACUUGAAAUUAUCGCUAGGCAUGCAGCCACUGCUGUUCAUAAGGCAUGCAUGCAGGUGCCUGAAGAGCGUGACAGAAUACAAAGCCUGUUUGGUUUACAGUGCGAGAAGCAUAAACGGCUAGAUGAUAAUCUGACAAGGGACAUGCUGAUGGCUGCAUAUCAUAACCUGCUAUUGGGGCAUUCUUAUGCUGCAUUUGAGUCACUUAUGAAUAGAUUGUUCUCAAAUAUGAUGUCUACAAAAGAAACAUUCUCACACAUUGAUUGGAACACAAGUCGUAAGGCUGCUGCCUCUGCAAUAGACGUUAUAUAUGAAGUGCUUCGAAAGUCACAUUGCAGUUUUUUAAAAUCUGUAAAUCCGACAACAGGACGUCUAAGACACUUCCACAUUAGUGCUGACAAAGUCACGGCUGAAAGAACGUCAAGACAGGUAGUUAAUAUAAGGUUUAUUGACGUGGAUGGUGCUCCCAAGGUAACAAACUUGUCAGUCGAUGUUAUCAGAAAUAGGGCUUCGGAGGCUGACGCAGCGGAAGGUGUCACGCACGAGUCGGACGCUGUUGGCUGUCUAGAACACAUAUGUGAUGUCCUGACAAAAUCAGUCCUAGAUCUUUCGCCUCGGAGUGUCGGUACAAUGUGCUUCUCCAUGAGCUCUGAUAAAGAAGCUGUUUAUGCAGGACAACAGUCCGGUGUAGCGGUAAGAUGGCGUGAAAGAUUCAAUAACAACGCAUUUCUGCAUUUGCUUGACAGAGCCCAUAAGGUAGAAUUAUGGACUGACAGUGUUUUUAGAAAAGACGAAUUUCAGUGGGCAAGAGUCUUCAUCAGAUCAAAUGUUGAUAAAGUGGUAGGGGCAAUUAAUCGGUCAUCAAAACUUAUGCGAUUGGCUCGAAGGAUCGAUCCCACAUUUACUGUUCUCUAUAGAAAUGUUGACACGAGAUUUAUUGAGUACACUGUACUAGCGAUUAAUUCAAUUAUCAAACAGUAUGGGAAUGUAGUUAUGACGAUAGAGAAUGAUGGGCGCCGUGAUAACGAUCCAGAUAAACUUCAAGCCCUAGAUGUCUUGUGCGAUAUCGAUUUCAUUCCUACCGCCCUGGUGCUGUUAUAUGUCUUAGAUAUUGUCAAGAAAGUCAGUAAAGCUGCACAGAAAGCUACUUAUUCUUUGUGGGAUGAUCGUAAAGCGAUAGAUGCGUGUCGUCUUGCUCUCCAAGAAGCUUGCGACGGCAAAUCCAAUCCUCUGAUACGGAAACACGGUAAAGAGUUCCGUAAAGGACGGUUCAACGGAUUCGACUUCGAAAACGUGAGCUUAUUAGUCACUUCUCAUAAACGGAGUACUAGAAUCGGUAGCAGUUACCAUUCAACACUCAAAGACGCCCUCAAACGAGCUAUGGAAAGGCAGGCUCAGCUAGCCCAAGCUCUUCUUGAUGAACUUGACGCCUUUUUGGACGUUACAGAGGUUGAAGAUAAAAUGAUGAAAAUUUUCGAUAUUCCCACAUUUCCUUUGCACGACAAGUUGGCUUUGAAACAAUUCAGGAAUAAGGAGCUUCGCGAAGUAGUCAAGUUCUUCUGUACUCACAGUAACAUACGUUUUCCAGGGAAACAUAGUUCCAUGUGCCGGCACGAAAAAGAAUGCAGGUGCGUUGAAGACCAGUAUAUCGUUUUUAAGAACCGCGUAUCUGGUCAAAUUCAGUUACGUGCUGAAUGGUAUGCAGACGACAAUGGUGUAAAGAUAUUGUCGGUCGGAUUCAUUCUACAUGAUUUUCUAAGGCCCUCGAGUCAGCUGCACGUCAGUAUUCCAGAUGUUAUUGAAUUGAUGGAAAUAGCAGUGUUGCUAUGUCGAUCACAGUCUGAUACGGAAAGAACAGGUAAAUUAGUCAAGGAUCUUUCGGAAAACAGAUUCGGUGGCAAGUUUAAUGAACUGAAACCGCUGGAGAAGGACAGGUGUGCUAAAGAAGUUUACAUCCGUGAGCUAGGACUUGAAUUACAUGAUCUACCAAUUGAUGCCAUUAAAGAGGAGUGGUCAAAGUUUCAUUAUGGUGUACUUAAAAAACGAGGCAAGAAAACCCCUGCUUACCUUCGUAAGCAUCAACCAUCGAAAGUGAAAUUUAUGACAUCUUACCAUUUGGACCAACAGCCCAGAGAAGCAGGUACCACGUCAGAUGAUGUUACGCAAGAGGAUCGUAGCGUGGGCUCCCCCGUGCUGACAUCAGAUAACAAUGAAGGUCUUGCGGGUGAUAGUACAGUGAACACAGAUUCGAAUCUCCGUACAGAUGUUGUCCACGCUUCUAGUGAUGUACACGCUCAUAGUUCUUCAGGUGAAGAUCAUAUGUCGCAGAGCAUUGGUGAAACUGCCUCUGAACAUGCUGAUGUUGCGUCAGAUGAUAAUGCUAUGGAAGUUGAUGAUUUUGUUCAGGCUCGAGCGCAAACUGACAAAGAGGUGUCAUUUGAACAAAGUGAACCACAGCAACUACGAUCUCAACGACAGGUAGAUGUUAAUGACUCAGAUAACGACCCAGAUGAUUUAGAUUCGCCAAUUGCAUCUGGGCAUUCAGUGGAACUAGCAGCAGUGACAAAGUGGAAGCAGAGUUCGAUCCUCACGUUUAUAAAAAGCAAGCAGAACGUUUCUAAACCCCCGAAAGAGCCUGAAGCUGCCAAAUCACCACUGAUUGAUUUAAGGCAUGAGAAGGAGCACAACGAAAUAGAGCUUCGUGAUAAGCGCAAUGAAAGUGGACGUAGUGUUGGAUCACCGACUUCCCAGGCCCGGCCAUCGGAAAUGUUUGCUGUUGAAGACGACACACGUUUUUCCGAGAUGAGUACUACUAAUAUGUCUCCAGGUGGCGAUGACAAUGAUAAUGCUGAACAGUAUUCCUUUUCGGAUGCCGUUCUUUUUCAUGCGCAACAAACUCCCAGGGGAAUGAUCAACCGCCGUAACGACUGCUAUCUUAUAACUGUUCUCCAAAUUCUUCCUUUGUUGAGGAUAAAAAGAGGUGGCUCGGGCCAUGAUCAUUAUGCAAAUUUAUUGAUAAACAAUUUGCGUGAUUGCUAUAAUUCCGAAAUAUGUUCCGAUCCAGGAACCAUCAAGGGUAUCCUUGCAAAAAAGUUUGAGAUAUUCCAUAAUGACGAACAACAGGACUCGUCGGAGGCGCUAGAAUGCAUUUUUAAGGUAUUCCUAGAAGGCGGAAUGAAUAUCGACAGCGCUAGAAUAGAUACAACAACAACAUUGAAGUGCAGACAUUGCUCAUACUCAUCAGACAAACAUGUAAAUCAGCAUCAGUUACAUCUUUGGUGCAAUAAAAGAAGUACCGUGUAUGAAUGUUUGAGUGAUUACUGCUCAGCAACAAUUUUAGACGACUUCAGUUGUGGCAACGAUGAAUGUUCUGGGCGUGGAGGGGCACACACGACAUCCAUCUCUUGUGAGCCUGAAGUCAUGGUACUGAAUAUGCAACGUCCGGAUUAUGACAGGCGUCAAAAAAUUGCACUUGAUUGUCCUCUAGAGGGACUUCGUAUACCAGGCGGAAAUAAAGCUUAUCAUUUGGUAGGUGCCAUAUUACAUUGGGGAACGAGGGAGCAUGGACAUUACCAAUGCCUGAUAAGAAGAGGCGAGUUUUUUUUCAAAUGUGAUGACGAAAAAGUGAGCAAUGUUAAUCAAGAAACAGUUAAGGAACUACUUUCUUAUAACGCAUGCAUCCUAAUCUAUCGUAUGAUGCAGUCUUGGCGCUGACAGGAAGUGCAAACAUACCUCCUAGCAGUGACAUAUUACCGGUAUUUGUCAUUCGGAAUCCGAGUCAGCAGAAAUGGCCGUUACUGUCAAGUAACUACAUCCGGAUCGGACGUUAGUACUUACGACUGCAUUUUUCUACAAUACCCAUGACGUAUUAUCGUCUGGCGGGUGUAGAAUACAUCGGGAUCAGACGUGAAUAAUAAUGACAGCUUCAGUGUCUACAAUACCCAUGACGUAUAAUCGUCUGGCGGGCGUAGACUACGUCUGGAUCAGACGUGAAUAAUCAUGACAGCUUCAGUGUCUACAAUACCCAUGACGUAUAAUCGUCUGGCGGGCGUAGACUACGUCUGGAUCAGACGUGAAUAAUCAUGACAGCUUCAGUGUCUACAAUACCCAUGACGUAUAAUCGUCUGGCGGGCGUAGAAUACAUCGGGAUCGGACGUGAAUAAUCAUAACAGCUUCAGUAUCCAGUUCCACAAUACCCAUGACGUAUAAUCGUCUUGCGGGCGUAGACUACGUCUGGAUCAGACGUGAAUAAUCAUGACAGUUUCAGUAUCUACAAUACCCAUGACGUAUUAUCGUCUUGCGGGCGUAGAAUACAUCCGAAUAAGAUGUGCAUUGUCAUACUCGUGUGUGUGUCUUGUUUGUGUGUGUGUUGUGUACAUGCUGGUGUUGUAUGCUGGAAAGGGCGGUGGCAGAUUGGAGGAGGGCAUGUGAGUGAUGCAUGCAGGUGCGUUACUGUACUUCACUUGUUAGGGUCAUGAUGCUGUGUCACUUUCAGCAUGU